AUAAAAGAAAGUAAACAAAAUUAAAAACAGCUAAGAACAAGUUCUGUCUCCUUCCCAUCCAAAAAGAGGUGUGCAUACCAACAAUGUCUCCUCCCUUGUGGAGGGUGGUGACAUUCAUCAUCAUCAUCAUCCAUCCAACAUCUGCAAAAAUAAAAAAAAAACCACACAAACUUUCUUCAAAGCUUUCUCUUUCCCUUUCAUGAUUUUGUCAUCUGUGUGUUUGUGUGUUGUGUGUGUGUGAUGAAUCUAUUCCUAUGGCCCCACCACAAUCAUCAUAGAUGCUAACUUUCCUCUUCCAAAUCCCAAUUUCUCAUUCCCAGAUGCCUUUUUUUUCUUCCCACCCACCACCAUCUUUAAAAAGAUCCAAACUUUCCUCUUCUUCACCACUUUCUCUCACUUUUUAACGGUCAUCAAUGGCUGCCACACCCACAGAAACCCUAAAUCUUGAAAUCAAAUAAGUGGGUCAGUUCAAGAUUCUUCCUUUACUUCAUAUAUAUGUAUUUUUGUUUAUAUUUUCUCUGUUUCUUGUUUUGUUAAGUUGUAUUGAAGCAUAAAGCUUCAAUCUUUUUGACAUUUAUCGAGUGUAAUUGAUUAGAUGAUACACAAUUUGCAUAAAGAUCGAUCUGGGUGAUCUCAUUUUUGAGAAAUUUGAGAAGCCCAGAUUGAAUUUAGGUCUGAUUGUGUGUAUUCUUCAUCAAGAUCUUUAAAAGCUUCAAGCUUUUAAGGAUUCUUGUUGUGUGUAUGAUGAAUUGAUGGCCCCACAACAUCAAUGCAAAACGUAUGUGUCAAUUUCCUCUUCUUCAUUGCAACCACCGCCUUUGUGUCUCACGUUCUAUAGUCUCUAAUGGUUGCCAAACCUUUACACCUAAUUUUUCACUUAAUAAAAUAAGUGGUUUAGACUUUAGUGUUUAAUCCAUCUGGGGUCUUUCUUUUUGACAAACUGAAGUUAGGCUUUUCAUAAAUUUUCCAAUUUUUUCUUACCAAAAGUUGCUUUGAAUCAUAGCUUUGAAUUUUCGACGUUUCCGUCGCAAUAAUUUCAUCUGAGUGGUUUAUUUGUUAGAAAAUUUGAGGUAUCCACAUCGAAUUAAGUUCCGAUUAGAUAUUGAAUGUCUGAUCUUUGUCAAGAUCUUUUAGUUUUGUCAAAGAUCUUCAAAUAAGGGGCUUUCUUGGGGUUGAAGAUUUGACUUUUGUGGUUUAUAUAUCACAAAAGGGAUGAUUGCUUGGUCCACCACAAAAUACUAACCAACAUUGAGUGAUAAGAGAGAUAAACGGAAAAGAGAAGUUUUGAUUCCUUCACCAAAUCUAAGAAUUCGAGGUCCGAUCUCCGUGAUCUUGUCUGGAGAAAAGCUUGUUUUGUUCUUGUUGUAUCAUCAAAAGGUUCUGAAUUUGAGGCUUGUUAUCUUUGUCCUUUAAAAAAGAUUAAAAAAUCACGGGAUUUGUUUAGAAAAUCUGCAUUUCAUUAUGGCAAAAAGAUCAAAACAACGUCCCGCUCGACAAAAGAAAGACCACCAAUCAGGUUGUAUGUGGGGAAUAAUUAGUAUGUUUGACUUUCGACAUGCUCGGACCCCAAGAAGGCUGCUUUCAGAUCGUAGAAGAUUCCCCGACAAUAACGCUCAAGGUUCUUCACACCCUACUUCAGAAGCGAAUUUGCCCACGUAUUCUCAAGAGAUGCAUCCAAGCGUUGAGGGUGGCGAAACAAUAAAAAAACCAACAUCUGAGCUCAUGAGCACGAGGGUAAAGGAACUUAUCGAAGAAGAGUUGUUUAUCGACAAGGAUCCAAAGCCCGUAAGGAAAGAUAAUGAACAAAAGAAUAAAUCUAAAACAUUAAAGAAGUCUUUUAAUGACGAAAUUUCGAUCAAUCAUCAAGUUUCAGCUCAAAAAACGUCACAGUAUCACGAUCUUGAAGCUCUAGUGAAAGAAAUCUUGGUGAUUUAUAAAAAAAGAAACGAACCGCACGGUAUUCUCGAUACAGGUGAAAAAGAAGAAAAGCUUUUUCUAGCCGUUGAGGCGUUACUGAACGAGAAAUCAGCAAACGGAGACCACAAGAAAAAUCAACAUUCGAAAGAGAUGUUUCAGAUGUUGAGUUCAAACAAAGACAUGUUUUUGAAAAUACUUCAAGACCAAAACUCGAUUUUGCUAAAGGAAGACCAAAAGUCAAAGUCAACAGAUCAAGGACCAGAGGAACAACCUGUGGCGGCCCGUAAACACCGAAAGUUCUUUAGAAGAAGGAGUAAGUCGCAAGAAAGUAUACCGUUGAAUGAAACGGGCAAAAUAGUGAUUUUGAAGUCCGAGUCUUCUGAAGUUCCGGUAGAGAAUGAUACGCAUAGUGAAGGAAAUGGUUCCCCCUUUUCAUUCAUGGAACUAAAAAGACGGUUAAAACACGCGAUGGGAAAGGAUCGGCAAUUACCGGGACCCACCGGAAAAACGGGUUUUGACGGUGGAUGGAGUUCACCGAACAGAGAUCAUUUCUAUACGGAACGAUUUGCGAGAGUCACUAACGGGAUUAGAACGUCAGACAGAUUUUCAAAAUUCCGGGAUUCAGAAAUGGAAAACGACAACACAAAUGACCGGAUAUCGAACAUUUACGUUGAGGCUAAAAAACAUUUAUCUGAAAUGCUCACAAGUGGCGAUGAAGAUGCUGAAACAAUGAUGAAAAGCCUUCCGAAAAGCCUCGGGAGGAUUUUAUCGCUUCGAGAGUACAACUCGUUUUCUCCGAUUACAAGUCCUCGAGUGCGAACACGACAUUUGUCUUGUGAGGAUCUUUCUAUGGUCAACAAAAGUCAACUGUUCACGAAUAUUGACAACUCCGAAAAGAAAGCUGUAGUUUCCGAUAAUAUGACUUGUGAAGGUGUUCAAGAGGUGGUAAAGUCACCGUCAUGUGAUGAAGAACACAAAGAACAAACAGAAGCUUGUGAACCACACGACACUCCAAAUGAAGAUCAACCUUCUGAUAGCUUGGAACCGGAUUUACAUGAAGAGACUACAGUUGCUAGCAAGACUGAAGAACACAAGAUCAGUCCCGCGAAGCCUAGUCCUGUAUCUGUUCUCGAGCCGUUGUUUUCAGAUGAUGAUAUUAGCCCAGCAAGAAGUGUCUCCCUACCUGUCGAAGCUGCGGUUCAACCACUAUGUAUCCAAUUCGAUGAAACCGUUUCCUGUACUGAAAACCAACAAAUACGAAUCACCGACUCGGGGGAAAACGAAGAAUCACCGUUCGAAUACGUUGAAGCCGUGCUCCUUUCUUCUGACCUGAAUUGGUCCGAAUUCGAAAACCGAUGGAUUUCAUCGGCCCAAAUCCUGGAUCAAUCUAUAUUUCAAGAAGUAGAGACGUUUUCGAGUCGGGCGAAACACGACCAAAGGCUUCUAUUCGAUUCAGCCAAUGAAGCUCUCGAAGAAGUAUGCAAUCGUUUCAUUCCCGAAUCAUCGUUUAUCAAACAUAAUGUUUGGCCCGUUCCUAAAGGAAUGGACCUGAUAAACGAGGUAUGGUCAAGACUCGAGUCGUGUCUUUUUAAAGUUUACCCUCGCGAUCUGAGCAAGCUCGUGAGAAAUGAUUUGGAAACGUCUAAAACGUGGUUGGAUCUUCGAUCCGAAUCUCGUGAAGUAGUCAACGAGAUUGAGAAACUGAUAUUCGAAGCAACAAUCGAUGAUACUUUUUUGAGUUUAUUCGACGAUUCUGUUGAUGGCGAGAUUUUAGAUGAUGGGACGGAUAACGCUCUAUCAUGCUCGUGAAAACUACGCAGUUCGUUUGAAAUCGGCGUUUUCAGAAGAUGUUUUUUUCUUCAUUAACAAUCAACUUAGGGUUUGGUUUGGGUGUGUUUUGUGUGAUUUUGGUUACUUUACAUAGUUAAAAAGAUAUAUGAAUGGAGGUUAGUUUGUAAGUAUUUACAUAAAAUCAUAUACAGAGGUGAAUGUUGUUUGUACUUCAAUAAGAGUCUUAUUUGAUAGAUACAUUAUUAUUGGUUUGAUAAAUAAAAGGUUAUUAUUACCUUGUA